AUGGAUUGGGAUGCCUUGUGGUUCAAUGUUGCCACUUUGAUUGCAGGCGUGUUUGUACUUGACUAUGGCGCAGACAAGUUUAUCGACCAUACCGUCGUAGUCGGCCGGCGUCUAGGCAUCUCGCAAACUGUCAUUGCCCUCCUGACAGCUGGCGCUGAAUGGGAAGAGCUUGCCGUAGUGGUUGCCGCAAUCCUGCAACAUCGCAGUCCCCUAGCCCUUGGGAACGUCAUGGGUUCGACUAUCUCCAACAUCCUCGGCGCCUUUUCUUUGGGGCUACUCUUUCAUCCCCACGGUCUGGAGUUUGGCCGCAGUGCAAAAUUAUACUCGGCCCUGCUGUUUCUGGUUACGACACUCUUCGUGGUGUUGGCAUUCUUUAAACAAUUGAACCGGAUUGUCGGUGGGGUUUUGAUUGCCAUUUUCGCGCUCUAUGUCGUUUCUAUCAUCUAUGCUAUCUAUAAAGGUAUAGCCUCGCCCCCAGAGAUAUCCGACAGUGACAGCGACCGGGAAUACAGCGAUAACAAAGGGAGCCGACGAAACAGAAGCCUUACUUACCACAUUUUCCAACUUAUUCUCGGAUUUAUCUCGCUUUCUUCAUCAGGAUAUAUCCUCUCCCAUAGUGCUGUCACCCUCGCCGACUCCCUGCAUUUCUCAGGAACCGUCUUCGGUCUAACGGUUGUCUCUUUUGCCACUACUCUCCCAGAGAAACUAGUUGCAAUCCUCAGUGGUUCCCGCGGCCACAGCGGCAUUAUGGCUGCGACGACGGCAGGAAGCAAUAUUUUCCUACUAACACUCUGUGUUGGUGUCGUUGCGGUGGCGGGGCACCAGGUGCAAGAGGCGGAUAAGUUUGUGCUUUUUGAGCUAGUGGCAGUGUGGGUGUCCUCUCUGCUGUUUUGUGCAGUCAUAUUUUUGGGAAUAGGGAGGAAUGCUGGUGUAGUGCUCUUGGCUGCCUACCUUGGGUUUCUAUUUCUAGAGUUUACCGUUUACCGGCGGUGA